UUAAAGAGGAGCUGGUGUGCAACUUUCUCCAAAGAGAGACUAGAAACGCCAAAGGAGGAGGUAGUCAACCUGCAGUCUGGAUCCCCUCCCUUCCCUUUACUCAGGAUGUCUGGCAUCUUGGGGACAGUGACCUGGACCCUGUUCCUCCUCCUCCUCGCACUGGGCUGGGUAGAACCACAGGCCUGCAUGUAUCCAUGCCAGUGUCCCUCACAGCCUCUGCAGUGCCCCAUUGGCACCAGCCAUGUGUUGGAUGACUGUGGUUGCUGCAAGGUGUGUGCCAGGCAGCUUGGUGAGCUCUGCUCCCCGCAGAAACCCUGCGAUCAUCACAAGGGACUCUACUGCGACCUCUCCAAAACCCAAAGAAACAGCGGGAUCUGCUUAGCUCACGAGGGCAUGACUUGUGACCUGCUGGGCAAGAUCUACCGCAACGGGGAGAGCUUCCAGCCCACCUGCAAGCUGCAGUGCGUCUGCAUGGACGGGGCCAUUGGCUGCAUCCCGCUCUGCUCUGAUGACCUGCAGCUGCCGUCCCCAGAGUGUCCCAACCCCCAGCGGGUGAAGCUUCACAAUAAUUGCUGUGAAGAGUGGAUUUGCGGGGAGCCCAGCAAGGAAAACCACUUUGAACCAGCCAUGGCAGUUUUCAGGGAGGAUCCAGCACACAAGCCAGAGCAGAACAACCUGCAGGAGAGCUGCUUGGUGCAGACCACCCAAUGGAGUGCUUGCUCCAAGAGCUGUGGCAUGGGCAUAUCUGCCCGAGUGACCAACAACAAUCCCCAGUGCCGCCUGGAGAAGGAGACACGGCUCUGCAUGGUCCGGCCCUGUGACUUCCCUGUAGAGAACACCAAGAAGGGGAAGAAGUGCAUACGGACCCCAAAGCCACGUCAGAGACUCCACUUCAAGUUUUCGGGCUGCACCAGCACCCGUUCCUACCGGCCUAAGUUCUGUGGCAGCUGCACGGACAGCCGCUGCUGCACCCCGUACGUCACCAGCACUGUGGAGGUGGAGUUCCACUGCCCUGAGGGAGACUUCUUCCAGCGGAAGAUGAUGUUCAUCAAGAUGUGUUCCUGCCACUAUGACUGCCCUCGAGACAAUGAUAUCUUCCUGGACACGUACCGCAGAAGGAUGAUUGGAGACCAUGUGAAGACAGAGAGGCAGUAGCCCUCUCCGUGCCAGGCCAAGGUGUCGAGAGGGCUCUGCAGCACUUUUAUGGCUGUGUCCCAGGAUGGUGCAGCCUCUCCCCUCUCUGUGAGGGGCUGUGCUUUCAGAACAGCACCGGUUGUCACCAGUGGUCCCAGUGGCCUUCCGAACAAGCUGAGGUGUGUGGGGCAACAGCUCCAGUCUCCUGACCUUCACCCAUGGUGGUGCAAAGGUCAGUGAAGGAACCAGAAAUAGGCUUGAGCUGCAAACUUGAUCCAUAUUCCCACUGACCAGAUGGGAAAAUGGAUCAAAAUCGCUUGGCUCCAGCUUGUCUCCAGCCAAGAGCACAGUAAAUAUGAUUCCCCGUGGCCACUGCCAAAACCACGCAGAAAAGAGAAAUGGGAAGCUGAGGAGGCCUGAGGUAAAGCUGAGCUCUGCAGCCUGUUUUCCAGCAGAGUGGGGCUCUGCUGCCUAGUGGUACAAAGCUUCUUGGCAAUGAGAGUGGUCCUGACCCUGUGCUGGGCUCUGGCUGAGCUUUCCAAUUAUUUUUGGCUAAUUGGGUCCAACCAGUUGGCAAAAGCUCUCCCCUAUCCUUGUGCCCACCUUUCAACCUACCACAUGCUUUCCCAUCAGCAGCUUUGUUCCAGAUCCAUUUGCUUCUGGAGAGGCUGGAUCAUCUGCUGGGUGACCGGUUCUCUGGGUAGCUCGAGACCUGUUAAAUUUCUUUUGGCCUCAUGUGCCUGUGAGGGUGACACCAAAGACGAGGAAACCACAUUGUGUAGUGUCACUGCAGGACAUGGAGUGUGGCUCAAGGUCUCCUAUAGGAGAGCUGAUCCCAGAAGGGGGGUUCUGAUAGAAGAAAGGAUCCGGUGAGGCUGUGGCUUUGCCUUGGUACUGGCAGGGCAGCCUUGCUUAGGGCCUGUUUCAGACCUGAGGAGCAAUUCCAUCGUGAAAUGGGAGUGAGCCAGGCUGGAACGUGUCCUCUGCAGGUGCUGCUCCUGGCAGGUUUUAGUGCCGUGAUGAGCUUGUCCUGUUGUCCCUUGGAGCAAUCUCUUCUGAAACAGCUCCAGGGUGGAAGAGGGACUGAACUCCAUGGACUCACACAUCCUCAGUGGGGCUGCAGCUGCAAUUCAGCUCCAGAGUCUUUGCUGGUGGGUUGUAAGUUGGAGGAACCCGAACUCGGGUCUCCCUGUGGAGGUUAAGGCACUGGCAAGAAAAAGACCUGUAUGUGUAAAUGGAGCAGAUCUGGAGUUACUGGGGCAGCAGCAUGGAAAGCUGCAUGGUGCUGGGCUCUCCAGUGGUGGAAUUCCCUUCUUGCCAAAGCUGUGCCAAAGCUGUGCAGAGUCUCAGUGUGAUGACUGCCAGCCUGUAGCUUCAGGAGAGACCACCGACACAGGAUCAGUCCCAUACACCCCAGCCAGCACCAGUGCAGCCUCAGCAGCUCCAAGUCCUCAAGUCCUGUCUGUUGUGUUUAGUUUCCGCCGAUUUUAGCAGAAACAUCCAGGUAAAAGCCCAGUCUCAUUCCUUAAAUCUUCCCUGCCAUCCUCCUUUGCCAGUCACUGGAAAUUAGGAUGAAUUCUGUCCCAGCUGGGCAGGAGCAGGGGCCACCUGGCAGCAUCGAGGCUUUUCCCUACCUCAAAGUGGAAUCUGAUGCCAGGGGACAAUUCCCAUGGUCCAUAAAUGCUGCCUGCAGCCGAGAACUCUGCUGAAGCGCCAGAUCGGGAUCUGUGUCCCAACUCAGCCCCUCUUCUCUUGCAUUCUCAGCCUGCAGGAGUGUAUGAGCCUUCAGCCUCCUGUUGCCUGUAAUCAAUUUGAACUGUAAAUAAUCUACCUGACAUUGGUUGCUUUCCAAGGAAUCUGUGCAGUUUCUGUAUCCUUUUAGCCUAACCUUCCUCGGGGUCUCCUCUCCCUGUGCCCCCAGCUCUGCUCUGAACUUUUCUCCUGCCGUUUAUGUGGCUUCCAAGUGUAAAACUGCACUGGGGCUGCACUUGAC